GGUAGUUAUUCGCUGCCUGCACAUCGUGGGGCCCCUGGACGAGGGGACCGGUGGCCGGCCAGCAAUAAUACCUGGCGAAUCCGCGGCGUACCUGCGUCUGUUGUUUUUGUUUUGUCUCGCAUCGUAGCCGUAACGUCCACUUCCGCACACCACAUCCAUUCCCACGAGGCCUCGACAGCCGCACGCCGUGCAUGAAAGGACCACUUUCGAUACCCAUUCCCGCUGCGGCUCCCACUCUGCACGACAUCACCGACACUAGGCCGCCGCCGCCGCGACCCCAGGUAGAGGUAUUCGGCUCUCCACCAGAUAUGGAGGGCAACAUAGAUCUUCCAAUCGCCCUGCGGAGGGCCCGCCGCUCCAGCUCGGCUCUCCGCGUCAGCACCUCGACGGUCCAGUCCAGCAAGCCAGAGCACUCUCCGGCUUCAUCAUCAGGCCUUCCCACCCCGGCCGACUCCACAGAUUCAAUAGCUGCAACCCCGCGGGGUCGGGGCCGGCCACGCAAGAAGGUCCGGUUUUCCGACCCGGGCCCAGCUCUUGACCAGCUCCUGUCGAGUGUGUCCUCAUCGACGGGGCUGACGCCAAUGGUGCGGCGGACCUCGCUGGCGGCACCCAAGAGGCGACACUCGACUCCGGCCAAGCCCUCAAGCACGCCGGCGGGGAGCAGGCGAGGUUCAGGGCUCGGCCUUGACAGCCCGUCGUCCCCGUUUAGUGGGGAUGUCACAAUUGUUCCCUUGCGUCAGGUGCUAGAUGGCCGCGUUAAACGGCGCAUCCGUCGGAAUGGGCUGAGCGAGGAGAUGAACACCAUCCACGCCGAAAAGAAGAGGCGGUCGGCCGAGCUCCAGAGGCUCAAGAACGACCUUGCUUAUAAAGACGCAGAAAUCGUUCAGCUGCGUGAGUCGCAACAGCGACUACGCGACAGCCAACGGCAGCACACACAGGAGACCUGUGCCUCGGACCCUGAUGAGACGAUUGAUACCGUGGUGGGCGACACGGAGCGUAUCUUUGACCUGGAGCGCGAGGUGGCUGAUCUGAGGAGGCAGCUCCUGGGACGCUCCUCCAGGGCUGGCGCCCCCAAUAUCUCUGAUCAUACGCCACGGCACGACUGGACCAUGGCGGCGAGGGAUCCGUUUGCUGCCGAGGACUACUCCAUGAUGGACGCCGGCAGCUUCCCCGCAGACCAUUCAGCCAACGGCGACGACGACGACGAUGAUGACGACGUAUUUGGCGACAUGACCAUGGCGGACUUGCACUGCAGCACGCCCUCUCGCAGCACCAUUAAGGGGGCUCCAGUGACGGGAGCUGGUUCGUUCCCGACACCACCAGCGACCAGCCCUCUUGCUGCCAUGGCGCUAUGCACACCCAACUCUCUGCGCUCACCCACCCCUCGCUCCAACAGCAGCAGCGUACAGGCGAGCCUGCCUGACCCGGAUAAGCAGGUUCUGGAGGAGGAGCUCACAUCACUCCAACUCGAGGUUGCCAAGAUCACAACGACGCUAAAGUCGUACCAAUCCCUCGCCACUCGCGUGUCGGAGAAGAUGGCAGCAUUUACAACCACAACACCAGCACUAGCGGAUAGCGACGCCAUCGUUGCCGCCAUUGCCGCGAACCCGUCCUCGCCAGACCCCGUACUCGAGGCCCGCAUCACCACCCUUCUGACAACGGUCUCGGAUCGCUCUGCGGCGUUGCUCUCUCUGUCUUCCUCGCUGUCAAACCUUGGCUUCCAGGGCUCCGACGCGGGCGAGAUCAUUGCCUCGCUCGCUUCCGCAUUCCGCACAGCGCGGCUCGAGCUCGAGUACCUUACUCCGGGCGAGGUUACCCUCCCGCUGACGUCGGCCGGCGCUGCCGUUCUGGACCUUCUCCUCGCGCGACUCCGCGACCUCUCCAAACGCACGCGCGAGGACGAGAGUGCCAUCGACGAGUACCACGCCCAGGAGCUCUCGCUCCGCAAGCAGCUCGCCGCGCGCGUCGACAUCACCGACGACCUGGGCAAGGAGGUUGCCUCCCUCAAGGCGGACCUGUCGGCCCGCGACGCCACAGUCGCCGAGCUCCAGGUCGGCCUGGACCGCCUCAAGGGCGCGGCGGCCGGCUACGCGCGCGACGUGGCCGAGCUCGAGAAGCUUGUCGAGCGCCUGGAGACGCAGCGCCUCGCCGCCCUCGACGAGUGCGAGCAGCGCCUGCAAGAUUCAGCCCGCGACAAGGAGGACGAGCUCGCCGCGUCCGCCGCGGAAAAUGAAGUCGCCCUCGGCGCCCUCGAGGCCAAGCUGGCCGCGUCUGCUGCGGAGAAGGACGCCGCCGUCAACGCCCUCGAGGCGAAGCUCGCCGCCGCCGUCGCCCAGGCGGGCGACCUCCGCGCGGCCCUGGCGACGGCGGG